AAAAUGAAUUUUUACACUCAGUAACAUCUUUGAAAUAAAUCACCUAUUAAAACCAGAUUAAAAUGGAACGUUCUACCACUGUUAUUUCAGUGUUGGUAAGCAAAGAACAAGCGGAGGCUAGGAAAUCGGAAGGAGAAAAUUGUAAUUCACUGGAUUUAAACAUGGUUUCGCGAUUCGACCAACAGAAGACCAAGCACCAGCUCUUCCACGUGUCCCUCAGCCUGGCCACAAUUCUGCUAUGCAUGGCAUACAUGCAGUAUCGCCGGAACUGGGCGCAUCUGGGGAGCUUCUGGGACUCGCUGGUGGUUCCUAUUGUUUUCCUCGGGGAGCUGCUUAAAGUGGUCCUGGCCCGUUUCUACGGACGGGUGGAGGAUGGAGUUCUUUCGCUGAAGCAGCGCCAGAAGAAGUCGUCGUACUUCACGCCCAAAGAGAUCCUCGGAGGAAUCACGCUGCAGUUCCUGUGCACGCUGCUGUAUGCCUUCAUUUGCAUCAUCCUGGGAGCUCCGGUGCUGGGCAACUACGAGCAGACGUUCGUCUUGGCGUUGCUGAUGACCCUGCUGACGGUGUCGCCGACUGUUUUCCUGCUCGGCGGAGGCGGAGCCCUGCAGGUCUGCUUCUGCGAGAAGCCCGACUUUGUGACCAAGUGCGAGGACACGGCCCUGAACCUUUUCAAGUACAACGCCCUCGGAGGUAUAUUGGGUGCCUGGGCGGGCAGUGUAGUGGCGCCCUUGGACUGGGGCCGCGACUGGCAAGCCUAUCCAAUCCCCAACGUGAUCGGGGCGCUCCUGGGCAGUGCUCUGGGAAACAUAUACGCCUGCACGCACGUACUUUACGCCACUGCCAAAGUUUAUAUGACCAAGAAGAGGUCUUAAGCCUGAUAAUAAAUGCUAUUAACCCUGCCACUAAGAUUAUUAUCUUUCGCUGCCACUGUUAUCCACAAAUAUGUACACUCUUGUCCACAGUACCACGUCAUCGUCUCGUCUAGUCAGCAGCUUAGGAACUACCAAAAAGCAAUUAACAUACUUUAAUGUUACAAAUUUAAGCAUUUUAUUAGAAUGUAAUAUUAACAAAAUCUUUUUUAAAUCAAUAUUCUAAUAAACUAACAAAUUAACGGAAUAUUCCAAUCAUAUUCGUUAUCUUUAAGUGAAAAUUAGUAUUAUUAAUUUAAUUUAGAACGAAUUUUAGGCAAAGGAAUUCACUUCAUAUCUCCCAAAAGACAAUUGUUUAAAAAUAUAUACUUUUAAUAAACCCAUGAUUUCUCCAA